AUGACUCCCCCCCAGCAAGAUGCAGCCCCGCUGGCUGAACCUGACUUGGUGUUUCCACUGCACUACUUCGACAAUAGUGCUAUGUUCACGAAUAUUACCAUGUACGCAAUAAUGGUCUUCGAUGAGGUUUUAGACCCUGAAAAGCUUCGCGCGAGUCUCGACGGACUUGUUCAACGCGACACCUGGCGGAAGCUGGGCGCAAGGGUGAGGAAGGGAAAAAAUGGGCCUGAUCUACAUGUCCCGCGGAAGUUCUCCACCACUCGCCCGGCUAUUGCCUAUACACACGCCUUUCACGACGUGGCCAAGGCAGACCACCCUGUGACAUCUCGCAUGCCUAGUUCGGAGUCGGCCACCAUGGACCGUCCCGCUAUUGUGGGCAAUCCCGAGGACUGGGCUGAAUUGUGUUGUGGAGCUGAUGGGCCAAAAUCACUCCAAGACUAUGUCGGCUCAGACCGACCCGUCACUGGCCUCCACAUCAUCUCGCUCAAGGACGCCACGAUUGUCACUCUGCACUGGCUUCAUGCUGCAGCCGAUGCUAUGGCACUGAAGGCUAUUUUGGACAACUGGGUUUUGAUCCUUCAAGGUCGAGAAGCCGAGGUCCCCCUUCUCCAUGGUUUCGAUGAGGAUCCUCUGCGCGAGCUGGGGUGUCACCCGACAGAACCUUACGAGCUUGCAGGCUCUGAGUUGUCAACCUUGGGUACUGCAUCGUAUGUGUUGAGGAAUGGCUACAAUAUCCUCAUGAGCCAGAAACAAAACCGGACAGUAUGCAUUCCGGCCAGUUUCAUGAACAAGCUUCGGCAAAACGCAAUACGAGAGCUGAGGGAGGCGGGUCACAAGGACCCAUUCCUGACUGACAACGAUCUCAUCACAUCGUGGUGGUCUCGUCUCGCCUUCUCCCAUUUGCCCCCUGAUAAGCCCGUAACUAUCAUGCAAGCCAUGUCUGCUCGGCGCGCGCUCGAAAAAGAUCUUCUGCCCCCGGACAGGCUUUAUGUCUCCAACUGCCUAAGCUUCACGAGCGUGCUCAAGACUAAAAAGGAAGUUGACCAGUCUCUGGGUCUUUUGGCAGGGGACAUCCGGCGCGGCAUCAAUAAGCACGGCACGCGCGAGCAGAUCGAGGCAUUCCAGAGUAUGGUCAGGGCCAAUGCAUGGCCACUGGGCCCGAUGCCAAUAUUCUUUGGAAAGCCCAACAUGCACCACAUAGGUUUCUCAAACUGGACCAAGGUCAAGACUUACCUCACGGAUUUCUCGGCGGCAUCUGUAACAAAGCGAGACACGCCUCUCUACCCAUGUUUUGUCUCGCAGAUCCAAACGGGUAUUCCUUACCCUGAUGGGUUCCUCAUUACUGGGCAAGACUCUCAUGGCAAUUAUUGGCUCGAGGGGUACCGGCCUGCUGGACUGUGGACGCAUAUAGAAGGAAUGAUAAAGGAGGCGGAUAUCUGA